AGCGAGCCGGCGUCUGGAGAGCCGCCUGCGGGUUGUUCUCCGCGUUCCCGACCCUUCCACCUUUUCUUGUUCUCCCGUCAUUCCCCCCCCCCCCCGCGGCCCUCGAGAGUUGGUUCGUUCUCCCCCCCCCCCCCCCCCGCUAUUCCCCUCUCAUUUCCUUUCCUCCCCUCUCCUUUGACUCCCCGCUGCGGUCGGGUUGGGCCAAGCAACGAAGUCGGAGGACCCAGGCGGGCUGGCAGGCGAGUCCAUCGGAGGUUGCCAAGGCAGGGACUGGCUGGCGCCUGAGGGGACCCCCACCCCCUCUCUCCCUACUCGUAGCCUAUUGAGAUUCCAGCCGGCUCCUGAGGAGAGCGAGGAGCAGGGCGGGGGGAGAAGGACGGCCCCCCCGGCCCUUGGGCAGAAACAUGAGUGAGCAGAGCAUCUGCCAAGCACGAGCUGCUGUAAUGGUGUAUGAUGAUGCCAAUAAGAAGUGGGUGCCAGCUGGUGGGUCCACUGGAUUUAGCAGAGUUCAUAUAUACCAUCAUACAGGCAACAAUACAUUUAGAGUUGUUGGCAGGAAGAUUCAGGAUCAUCAGGUGGUAAUAAAUUGUGCCAUUCCGAAAGGACUGAAGUACAAUCAAGCAACACAGACUUUCCAUCAGUGGCGAGAUGCUAGACAAGUGUAUGGUCUGAACUUUGGCAGCAAAGAAGAUGCCAAUGUUUUUGCAAGUGCCAUGAUGCAUGCCUUAGAAGUGUUAAAUUCACAAGAAUCUGGUCCAACGCUGCCUCGACAAAGUGCACAACUUCCUCCACAAGUGCAAAAUGGCCCAUCACAAGAAGAUCUGGAAAUUCAGAGAAGGCAGCUUCAGGAACAGCAACGCCAGAAGGAGCUGGAAAGAGAGAGGCUGGAGCGGGAGAGGCUGGAAAGAGAGAGGCUAGAAAAGGAAAGACUGGAGAGAGAGCGAUUGGAACAGGAGCAACUGGAGAGGGACCGGCAAGAACGAGACCGACAAGAACGCCUAGAAAGAGAGAGACAAGAACGAGAAAGACAAGAGCGGGAGAGAUUGGAAUGGGAAAGACAGGAAAGGGAACACCAAGAACAGCUAGAAAGAGAGAAGCUGGAAUGGGAAAGAGAAAGAAAACUGUCAAGUGCUGCUCCAUCUUACGACAACUCCCCGUAUAGCACUUCACUUCCUGAAUACUCCAGCUGCCAGCCUCCUUCAGCACCUCCUCCAUCAUAUGCUAAAGCAAUGUCAGACUCUACUCCGGAUUAUACUAUAGUGACUUCUGCACAGCCAGUUUCCUCCCCCCCUACACCACCACUAAGGCACUCCGCAUCACGUUUUGCUACAUCGUUGGGUUCAGCCUUCCAUCCUGUUCUUCCCCAUUAUGCCACAGUUCCCCGUCCUCUGAACAAAACUUCUCGACCACCUUCACCUGUGAAUCCCCCAGUGUCUCUUACUUCAAGUACCAAGUCCACUACCUGGUCUGCUUCUAGUUUUGCACCACUUCCCCCAUCUCCUCCAGUAAUGAUUAGCAGCCCUCCUGGCAAAGCCACAGGCCCAAAGCCUGUUCUACCAAUUCCUGUUACUGCUCAGUUAUCUCAAAUGUUACCAUCCCCUACAGCACCCAAUGGGCUUCCAGAAUUGGCAAAUUAUCCAGCUCCUUCACCACCUACCUCGGGUCCAACCCCACCUCCACCUUCCUUUCAACCUCUUUCACUCUCUGGACCUCAAGCUGCUUCUCCAAGCUCCCCUAAUUCCUCAGCUCCCUCAUCCAAGCCUAGUGUUCUCCCUUCUCCCUCUGCAGCUCCCCCUGCCUCUGUUGAGAACUCUCUAAACUCUGUGCUGGGAGACUCCUUUGCUUCUGAGCCAGUUUUGCAGACAGCCUCUCAGCCAAGUGAACCUUCGUCCCAGCAGGGUGUUAUCCAAGGGCCACCUGCACCUCCACCACCCCCACCUCUUCCAGCUGGCCCUGUUCAGUCCCCAUCAACUGUCCCACCUCCCCCAGGGCCACCGCCACCACCACCUCUUCCACCGUCAGGGCCACCACCGCCACCUCCACCACCACCGCCACCACCCCUUCCUAACCAGGUUCCUCCUCCACCUCCUGCCCCUCCUUUGCCUGCCACUGGUUUUUCCAUGGGAUCGAUGGCUGAAGACUACCGCCCUUUAACAGGACUAGCAGCUGCUCUUGCAGGAGCCAAACUUAGAAAAGUAUCUCGGAAUGAAGAGUCUCCUAAUCCAAGUGGAGGAACAAGCUCUGCUUCACCUAAAACAGAUACUGGGCGUGGGAAUGGGCCACUGCCCCUAGGAGGAAGUGGAUUAAUGGAGGAAAUGAGUGCACUGCUGGCCAGAAGGAGAAGAAUUGCUGAGAAAGGAUCAUCAGAAAUAGAAGCAAAAGAUGAAAAGAAUGAAGAACCAGAACCUUCAGCAUCUAAGCCUCCUUCAACAAGCACACCUGAACUUACAAGAAAGCCUUGGGAGAGAACAAACACAAUGAAUGGAAGCAAGUCUCCUAUUAUAUCAAGACCAAAAUCUGCAGCAUCCUCUGGGCAACCCAGUACAAAUGGAGUACAGUCUGAAGGGCUAGACUAUGACAGAUUGAAACAGGAUAUUUUAGAUGAAAUGAGAAAGGAAUUAACAAAACUAAAAGAAGAAUUAAUUGAUGCUAUCAGGCAAGAACUGAGCAAGUCAAAUACAGCAUAGAGAGACUAGGACUAAGACAUUGUGACCACUGGUCUUGGUAUAAAAUCAACUACAUUUUAUGAGCUGUUUUGAAGAAAGCAGAACACCCAAUUGAAAGAAGGGGAAAGCAAGAUUCUGAAAUUUUUCAGACAUCACUCUGGUGGUCUACUAUUUCCCUUUGCUGCUGUUUUCUGACUUUUCAACAGGGUGGAAAGUAGUCUUAAGUUGAAGUAAUGAUUUAUGCAGAAACUCCUAUACCUGUCAAGACAAGAUCACAGUGCAUUGAAAUGUUUUCUUCUCAAGAUGAAGCUACGCAUCUCACAGUUAAUUGUUUGAAGACAUAAAAAGAGAAAAGCUUGAAGGCUUUUCAGAGAGGUUUUCUUUAUUAAUGAAGGUUUAGCAAGUUAUACUGUUGUACUGCAAGAGUAUCUCAGGUUAGUCUUCCUAUCAUAUUUGGUAUUUCCAUUAAUAAUUUAAAAGGAUCAAACAUGACUUCAAUUUGCAAAAUAAAGAAAAGAUGAGGACUGUGUGUUGUAACACAAUUUUGGUCAAUAAGAGACUUAGGAUAUUUACUUCUCGUAAAGUUUUGGAAUCUUGUGAUAGGAAGCCUCUCUUGUUAGCCUUCAUACAGUUUCAUAGGGAAAAUGUAAGUGCUGUCCAGAGUAUAAAGAUGUAGAUGCCUUCCUUAAUUGUAAUGCUUUACCAAAUCUAAGACUUCUCCAGAACACAAAUCAGUUGUCAAAUAUAAAUGCUUAGAUUGUUAUAGACUUACCAUAGGUUUUCAAGGUUUUUUAAGAUUUAUGCAUGUAGACAUUUUUGUAAUAUAAAACAACCGCAGAGUUGGCUUUUUAAUUUAAAACAUCUUUGCAUGCCACAAAUAUUAAGUAGCCUUUUUACAGUAAGGUCUCGUUACUGUCCAGGCAAUACUUGGGAGAUGUAGGGUUGGGAAUAGGGGUAACUUUUUUUUUAUUUAAAACAAUUUGUAUUAAUUACUGCACUAUUUUUCCUUAUAUUGCAUGCAUGUGUAAUAAUAAGGAAAAUGUUGUGACCUAUCAGUAACCAUGUUAAAUAGAAUCAGGUACUUAAUACUUUUUUUUGUAUAAUUUUCUUUUAAUUCUUUGUAUUUAAAACUUAGUAAUGCUUCAGUAACAGUUUUGGAAACUCCAGUCAAUGUUGCUGCUUUUCUUAACUGGGUCUGAAGUUAAGUAUCAUAAUUAUACCUGGAAAUGAUUUAAAAGAUGCAAAGAGAAUGAAUAGGAUUCUUUUAAUGGUGUAUUGAGACAGGUUUGGUUUAAUUAGGAAGUGAAGUAUUAGGAAUUGUCCAGUUAUCAUGUUCCCAGCGAUAGGAAGUAGGUGAUGAGAACACACAUUCCUUUCCUUUCCUCUUCUGUCCUGCCAAAGUUCCUUCCACCCUGCCCACUGUAACCAUUCUUAAUGAGCUUCCAGCUAUAUAGUUUCAAAUCCUUUUAAAACAGACCCCUGGUUAGCAUUAAUUUUUACAGUUUAGGCUCAUUCAUCCUUUAAUCCUGGUUAAGACCAGAGAAGAGGGAUUCACACUGGAGAGCAGGGGCGGGAUUGGGAGGGUGAUCCUGCAAUCUGCUCCCAGUCCUAUGUUUUGGACCUUGUUAACUAACAAUCAAACAUUGACAAAACUGCAAGGUGAAUAAGUCUCAAGAACAGUGGUGGCAAUCAUUUUAUUCCUAGAAGAAUGGAUUUAACUUUCUCCAUUAUGUUCAUUUCUCAUUCCAGGAUCUAAACAUUACUAAAAUAUACCAGGCAAACUUCAAAGAAGGGCAGUGGGGUGGGGGAUAAGGAAUCCUGCAGUUAAAAAUUAGGCAAUUUGGCAAAUUAAGUGCAACAAUAAUUUAUUACAUCUUGAAUUUUCAGUCAUAAUAGUGCCAUAUUUAUUUUGCGAGCUAUGCUGAUUUUAAAAUAACUUGCCAUUUUGGACACAAUCAGUUUCUGAGAUUAUUGACUUCCAUCUAGCUUAAUUAUAAGAAAGCUUUAACUAGCAUAUAUUUCCAAGUGUUGAACACCAAAGCAAAUUUAACAGCAUUUAUUUGCUGUUUGAAUGAGAAACUUCUGUUUCCCCUCUUUCAGUAUGAAGGAGGCAUGGCUUAUAAAGUAUAAUCCCAAUUCAGUGGUUACUUUUUUUAAAAAAGUUCUCUGCAUGCAUUAGUUGAAGGCAUUUAGGUCUAAAAAGAUAAGCAAAUGCUGUUGCUCUCAAAUUAAGGAGGCACUUUCAUCUUUUAAAAAGUAACUUUUAUGUUUAAACAGUAUAACCUUAAUAGCUUACUCUUGUCAGAAAUCAUGUUUGAUUUUGUUUGUAAAGAAAAUUCAGAGAUAGUUUAUGAGAAUGUUAUAGGUGUCUAUGGUCCAAAGCUAAGAAAAUUAAGUUGCUAGGUUGUGAAUGAAACUGGUUAAUGCACUAAACGUUUUGUGCCUUGGUCUAAAAUUAACAUGAUUUCUGUGUAAAAUAAAGAAGGUUCUGUACUCUUUCUACAUGCAUAUUUACAAGAUCCUCAAUUGGACCGUUCCAGGGAAUCCAGUUUGAUAAACUGUAAAUUCAUGCUGUUGUACUAGCAGCUAUGCCAUUUCCAGAUAUUUCUGUAAUUAAAAUGAGCUACUAAAGAAGCAGCUUAGGUUAUUUUAAUUACUGUUCUUGGAAGGAAAAAAUGAUGGUUCCUGUGCUUUUGUACAGCGGAUGCCUUAAGCUGAAUAUGGUUUAGGGGAUCACUUUUAAUUCCAGGAAGGUUUUGCUUUCCUCAACACUGUGAUCUGAUCUGUGAUAAAUCUGUCCUAUCCAUAUACAAGUGGCUAACAAGUUAAUUGCAAACAAACUGAAUGUACAAAUCUUAGUGCUGGUGCUGAAAUCUCUUCAGAGAGUUGUCAUGAAACAAAGUUCAUUGUUCAAAAAGUUUUUGCAAGCAUCAAUUGUCAAUCAAAACUGAAGAUGAAACACUAAUGAAUGUUGAAUUUUCAUGCAUUUAGUUUUACCUCCUUUUGAGUUUUUCAGUUAAUUCUCUGCUAUUUUUACCAUACUGUGUCAUGUUAAAAUUUCUUAAAUGCUAACUGUUUUGUUUGAGCAGAUGAAAUAAAAUUGCAAUAUAUA